AUGGACGCGACGUCACGUUGUGCUGGGGUAGCGGACGUACAUAUAUACGCAUGUAGACUAGUGCGGCUGCUGUCUACAAGGGUACGAGCAAGAGCAAACCGGGCAAACGCGCCAAGACGACGACCUCGCCUGAUCCACUUGCAUCGUCAAGCUCAAAGCUCGAACCUCACACCACUACCAGCACCUCCAAUUCACGACUCCAAUCGAUACACUCUCCACUCAAUCUGCACCACCACCGCCGAAAUGUUUGCCCCGCGCACUCUUCUCCGCUCUAGCCAGCGAUUGGCUCUCGCCCGCCCCCCCGUCCGCAGCGUCCGCUUCUAUAGCUCUGAGUCCCCCAGGAAGUUUAGCGGUGCCGAGGACAACGAUUUCAACCGCGAGCGUGCCGAACAUGAGGCGCACGCUGGUGAGAGUGGCGAACUCUGGCGCAAGCUCUCCAUAUAUGUCGCUAUUCCCUGCAUCAUCAUUGCUUGUGUGAAUGGAAAGAUUAGGUGGGAUGCCCACUGGGAGCACCAGGCUCAUGCACCUCCCAUGUCGGAGAGGCCCGAAUACCCCUACCAGAACAUCCGCACCAAGAACUUCUUCUGGGGCGAUGGCGACAAGACCCUCUUCUGGAACGACAAAGUCAACUACCACAAGAAGGACGACGAGUAAAUCUGUAAAUUGGAAGUCUCCAAACUACAUGCUAGACGUUAGAGUGCGCCUGUAAAUAUGAGGCGCCGAGGCCUUGCAGCACAUGUUACAUUAACAAUCAAUUCCUUUUGUGUUCCCCGUCAUCGCUCUUCUCAGCCCAGGGGAUUUUAUCUCAAUUACUAUAGAGUUCUCUAACCAGACAAUGGGCUAUCUGCUAUGCGUUUCAUUCCAUCUUCCCAAACCUUGUUGUGAUUUUGCGCCCACUCCGUAGCCAGCUUCUCAUCCCCACGGAGCUUUGCUAUCAUGGCUUUCUUCAUGAGCUGCUCGCAUUCGCCGCCCGUAUUUUCCACCUUUUUGAAACCUGUAUGACGAUUAGCGAUUCU